AUGGAGCAAUAUUUAAAUGAUAAACCUUCACAGAAAUGCCCCACAUUAAUGUACAAGUUAUCACAGGAAAGAAAUAAUUGUUUAUCCCAAGAUUUGAAAGCUUUGCAAGAGCUCACUAGAAACUAUGAAAAAGAACUCAGUUUGGAAAUGGAAAAUUUGGAGACCAGUUUUGUAGAUACAGAAAAUAGCCAAAAUAACUUGGAUGAUUGCCCAUACAAUCUUGAUAUAGGUUUACCAAGAGUAGAGGCAAAAGUUGAAAACAUCAAUAUCAAAAGUCCAGUCUCAGAAAGAAAUCCUAUUUAUGCCGAAAUAAACAAAAACAAAAAGGGGAAACCAAUAAAAGGUCUGGAUAUGGCCCAAAGUAUGGAAAACAAUGCUUUACAGAAUGACCUGAACUCUUCAAACUGUGCUAGUAUCCAAGACCCUACCAAUGACACAAUUUUGGAUGUUCAUACUUUAACAGUUUUGUGGCUGAUCAAUAGUGGCUGUAAUGUGGAAGAGUGUCUACUUGAAGGCAACGAAAUGGCAGGAGUUAAUUUUGGGGCCUUUUUGCCAACUGAUCAAAAGGUUCUCAAACUUCUUUUAGAGGCAGGUGCCGUAGAACAAAUCGAUUCAGAUGGGUGUGAUUAUGAGAGUCAGGUUCUUUUAGAAGCAGGAGCAAAUGCUGAUCAGGCAGAUGUAGAUGGAGAUGUCUGUGAACUUCUACUGGAAAAUGAAGCAGACGUCGAUCAUUGUGACAACGGUGGAAGAAGUCCUUUGUGGGCUGCAGCUAGUAUGGGACAUGCUCCAGUUGUGGCCCUUUUACUGUUUUGGGGUUGCUGCAUUGAUUCAAUGGAUUCUGAAGGACGCACUGUAUUGUCUGUAGCUGCAGCUCAAGGGUGUGUUGAAGUUGUGAGGCAAUUGUUGGAUAGGGGCUUGGAUGAACAGCACCGAGACAAUUCAGGAUGGACACCUCUUCAUUAUGCAGCAUUUGAGGGUCAUCAAGAUGUCUGUGAGGCUUUGUUAGAAGCAGGAGCGAGAGUAGAUGAGACUGACAAUGAAGGCAAAGCACCCUUAGCACUUGCAGCUCAAGGAGGUCACACGCCUUUAGUUAACUUGUUCAUAGACAAGUAUAGUGCGCCCAUAGAUCAAAGGCCCCAUGAUGGGAAAACAGCUUUGAGGUUGGCUGCCCUGGAAGGACAUUACGAUAUCGUACAAAUUUUAGUGUCAAACGGAGGUGACAUUGAUUCCAAGGAUGCCGACGGAAGAAGUACUUUGUAUGUUCUCUCACUUGAUAAUCGGUUAGCAAUGUCGAAAUAUUUUCUACAACAAGGAGCGGACGUUGAAACAAGAGACUUGGAGGGUCGCACUCCUUUACAUGUUUCUUCUUGGCAAGGUCAUACAGAGAUGGUUACUUUACUAUUAACAUUUGGCAAAGCACAAGUAGAUGCUUGCGAUCUAGAAAAUAGGACCGCCCUUCAUUCGGCUAGUUGGCAAGGGCACAACGAUAUUGUCAAAAUGCUUCUCGAACAUGGAGCCAUGCCGGAUCAUACAUGUAAUCAAGGCGCAACAGCUUUAGGUAUAGCCGCACAAGAGGGCCACGAGCUUUGUGUGGUUGCUCUUUUAGAACACGGAGCAGACCCAAAUCACUCUGAUGCUUGUGGAAGGAAUGCCUUGAGAGUGGCUGCUAAAUCUGGGCAUAGGGGGGUGGUAAGACUGUUAGAAGAAUACAAUGCAAGGUCUCAGAAAGUGGCUCACACAAGUAGUAGUGCUAAUUCAAUCACUUCAGCAUCAACUGCUGAAACAAAACCUUCUUGUGCCAUCUUGUAUCCGUCAGGGGGUACAGGGGAAUGGUCCGAUCAACAAAGAAGGUCAAUGGUGUCUUUGGGCAAUCACAGCUCCAAUUCAAAAUCUAGUUCCAACUUGACAGGUUCUAGUCAGUCUAGUAGACAUGGCGACCGUCAGAGAGAAAGUACGCAAAAUAUUCAACCUAUGUCUUUUACACAACAACUUCAACAAUGUACACGAGGUGGAAAGACGAGGCCGUUGAGUAAAUUAUUAUCGCCUCUGCAAAGUGAACCGCAGAGUCCUAUCUAUGCAUCCCCUCCUCUGAGUCCAGUGAAUGAUGCGCCUAAUAUGUUUGGUGCUAUGAAUAUUUACCAGCCAGUUUUGAGGCAUAAUAACUUCGCAAAGGCUCCAGAUACACACUUCGCACGUGAUACUCACAUGAGAAUAAUCCUGGGAAACUCUAGCAGUUCUCCAUUCGGUAAGGAAAAGAAAUCUGACCAGGCUAUUGAAAAUCCUAGUUCGAAAUCCAGUAAUCAAAAAACCAAAAGAAACGGAAUAGUCACAAAUCCUGCCCUUCGUUUGGUUGCCAAUGUCAAAAAUGGGUUGGACACAGCUGCAGCAAAUUUAAGAAAAUCUGCAUCUGGAGGUAAUCCUGCUUCCAAAACAAACAGCUUUCAUUGGCGUAAAGAAACGCCUUUAUAAAAUGAAGGAGAAAAAACUGGAAUAAACUAGUCAAUAAUAUGGUUUAAACUACACUGAGAAAAUGAACAAUGCUAAUGUAACAACACUCACCUAGUCUUAAAUAUAUCAAAGAAAUAAUUUUUAAUAGACUUUAAUUUAUCACAUAGGUUCUUUAUUUGAUACUUCUGACUGAAUUGCUCUUCUUUUCAAUAUUUUUGGCCUAAGUUGAUUUCAACGAUUUUUGUAGAAUAUUCUCAAGUAAUAUAUUGACUUUUGUGAUAGCUGAGUGGUAAAUAUGAGUAUUUUGUAAAUGAUUUGAAUGAUAUUGAUCAGUCUUUUCAUAGUGUUCUAACUUUUUAAUAAUUGGGUUUAUAUACCAGGUGGUAUCUUUGGAGGAAUUUUGAUUUAAGUUUCAUCAUAUUCAUACUAAUCGUCUUAUGAUUGUUGUACAUUUUGGGUCUUAUAAUUAUCGAUCCAUCUGGUAUGUGCUCCAUUGAAAUUUUCAAAUGCAAUAAAACGUAAAUAGAUUUUUUGUAUCAGUUCGUAAAAAUUAUAUUCAAAAGUAUAUUAUAUUUCUCUUUUUGUAAAAGUUUUUCAGGUAUUUUCAAAAAAUCUCUUUAAAUUGAUCUCAUUAAAAAAUAUUUUUGUAUUUCUCAAUAUUAGUUAAGAAAAAGUUGUUUUCAGGGCACUGCAAAUAGAUGGUGUCAAUUAUUCAGAAUAAUUUAGAAUACAAUUAACUUUGUACAUUUUUUUAUUUAUUGAAGCUACAUGUUCUUAUCUAAAUUUUUAUCUAAAUGAUCUCUAUUCACAGAACCGGGAUGUUUAGGUAAAACGUUAGCUUAGAGCCACACCUGUAUAUCAAUAUUAUAUGCCUUUUGUAUUUAUAUAAAGCUUUAGUUUUAUACAGUUUUAAACUUGUGCACUGUAUAUGUUGAAACAGUAUUAAAUACAAAUAUUGAAAUA